UCUAUGUUCUCUUCCCCUCCCUCUCCGUCUCUCAGCAUCACCAGCGGACCGGCGAAGCUGACAUACACCGGUGAAUAAAUUCCUGUUUAACGAUCCUGAGAGGCGCUGUCAUGUUUAUCAGUGGAUAUUAUGCUAUGAUGAUUUGUGAGUAGAGGCCUGUGAUGUGUUUUUGGAUGCGACCCCCUUCGUAGACAUUGUGCAUUCUGCUCGUGAGGCUGUUGGUGAACGGCUGGUAGCAUAUUUUCCACUUGGACUGGCGAGGAUAUGCGCGCACUGUAUGUUGCAGAGGUCUGUGUGAAUAAUAUAUAUUUAAUCUGAGUUUCAUCCGAGGUGCUCCAAGGACGUCAGUGAGCGACACGUGCGGCAGCGAUGUGCAUGUCUGACGGCUAGACUGAGCAAGUGGGAGGGAGCCUGUUUGUCAUAGUCGAUGAGCUGAGUUUUCAGAGUUAUCGGUCAAAUCUCGGGUUCAAGCACUCUGAUUUAGCUACUCUUUUGGUUCAGCGCCUGGUUUUAGGAUGCGACGUAAUGACUUGAUUGCGCCUGACAGAUGUUGUUCUGCUUCUGUUGCAAAGGCAUAGAUUCUCUGCUUGCUCUCGCUGUUUUUUGGGGAUGAAUCUUUUAACAGUUUCUGAAGUAAAUGAUUAGUCUUCGUUUUGCGCGCAGCCAUAUUGCAACAUUCAUUUAGAAUUCAGGAUUACCUACAAUGAUACCUGGAACUGCCGCAUCAAUGUUACCAUCUGCGGAAGCUGCAAAACUGUACCAGACCAAUUACGUCCGCAACUCUCGUGUCAUCGGACUUUUAUGGGCCAUAUUUACUAUCCUGUUCGGUAUCGUUAACGUGACCAUCUUCUCACAGCCCUAUUGGAUUGGCGAUGGCGUGGAUACGCCACAGGCCGGCUACUUCGGCCUUUUUCACUAUUGCAUCGGAGACGGAAUAUCCAGAGAACUGGCCUGCCAAGGUAGCUUCACUGAGUUCUCCGCUAUCCCCUCCGGUGCGUUCAAGGCCGCCUCCUUCUUCAUUGGGAUGUCCAUGAUGCUAGUUGUCACCUGUAUCGGCUGCUUCAGUCUUUUCUUUCUGCUCAGCACGUCCACCGUUUACAAGAUUUGUGGCUGGAUGCAAGCAGCAUCAGGUGUCUGUUUGGUGCUCGGCUGUAUGAUCUAUCCUGAUGGCUGGGACAGCGACGAGGUUCGGCGGAUGUGUGGGGAGCAGACAGACAAGUACAGCCUGGGGGCGUGCUCGGUGCGCUGGGCCUAUAUCCUGGCUAUUAUGGGCAUCCUAGAUGCCCUCAUCCUUUCCUUCCUUGCCUUUGUCUUGGGGAACCGACAGGACGGACUCAUGACUGAAGAGCUGCUGGCUGAGAGCAAGGAGGGAGGGAAUGCCUAACCUUAUCCAUAGGUUCCUGAAUUUCCAUGUGUCUGUUUUCAUAAUAAUACCAGUCCCUCAACAUCAUUUUAAAGGAAGGAGGCAGUCCAGUGCUGUGGAGGAGAGGAAUCGAUUAAUUCUAUGGAAUAAGCCAGCCUGUCACAUUUACCUAACUAUCACAAACCCAAUGUAAUAUGUCCUUGAAGUCAUCCACCCUGCUCACAGUCCCUACACAUCGUCUAUAGGCUUCUCCCCCAGCACUUAGACAGAACCCAGUGAAUUGAUAACCCCAUGUGUCUACAGAGCUAACCCUUGCACAACAUUGCAUAGACCAUGGCAGGGGCUGAGACUGUUAUUGUCCCGUUGAGCAGUGAGGACUACCCACUACCUACCUGAGAAGACACAGGGUUGAAGUUGUACACCUACGAGCACAGACAAGGCAACAGACAUACAUUAUCACACACACACACACUCACACACAUGCACAGAUGCUAACUCGCUCACAUGAAAAAACACAUGAUGUAUCUACACGCCCUGUAACAUGCACACAGACACACAUGCACACUGACACACACACACUUACAUACCUAUAGACUAUACAUUAACAAAUUCUGUAAUUACAAGUAUUCAGCUAUGUUAACACUUAGAUAUGUGUACCACCGCCUGAAUGUGUGUCAUGUUUUCAAAAGAAGAAACUACUCAUUUUCAGAUAAUAUUUCGUUGAUGUAACUCUAUUGUGUUUCAUAUGUAAGCUAACAAAAUGAAAGUUUUCCUCCUCCUUUUGCUCAUAUUCCCCUUUGUUCCUCUUAAUUUACUAGAGCAGAUAUUUAAGACUGUUUUCCAAAAAUAAUGAAUAUGAAUAUGAUCCAAAAAAAAAGAAAAAAAAAACAACAACAACAACAAAAUACUUGUAUUACAAAGUUGAUAUGUACAGUGAAUAUUAAAGAUGUUCCAGGAAUUUUAAUUAAUUCCAUUCAAUGCCCGGCUAGCUACCUUUGCACAGCGCUUCAGUUUGAGAAGAAUCUUAAUAUUUUUUAGUCUGUGGUAUCGACACUGUGAUGGGGGCUAUUAGGACUGUCUGCUCCAGAACUUGUAGCUGCUGGAUGAAUGGGCGUCUGAAUGCGUGUGUCUGUGUGUGUGUGUAUGCGUGUGCAUAAAUGAGUGUCAGUGUGAAUGUAUUAGUGUGCAUGUGUGUCAAUCUGCGUGCAAUAGUUUGUUAGGCUAGUGAACCAAUAUGGCAGCCUCACACAAUUCCUGUCCUGUUGUGUAGCUAAGUUUCUCUGUCUCUGUCUUCGUCCUCUUGCUCUCUGUCCAUGUUUCUUUCUGCCUCUGCCUCCCCCUCUCCCUCUCCCCCUUUCUCUCACUCUCUUUUGUUGGGACAUACAGGGUAAUGAGUAUGGCGUUGAAGUGUUAUCUGUGGUCACUGUCGUCUCAUCCCUCCUUCAUGAAAAGAAGGCGUGCAGUUGAAGGAGGAGUGAACAACAGUGCUAAUAGUUUAGGAAAGCCUGUCCCAGCCUCACCUUUGGAUAUGUAUCUGUGAAAAUAGACAUUAUAUAGAUACCAAACAAUUAGCAAGUAUGGGAAAGGAGGGUACCUGACAGCAAAGAAAGAGAUUCCUUUAAGAAUAUAUGAAUACUUAAUAAAGGUUUUCACUGUAAAACAC